ACACAAAAAUAAUAAUCAGAUUGUUUACUCUCGUGUUUAAUGGUGUUUAUUUAAUUUAUAUACAAUAUAAAGAGAAAAAUUUGCAUCACAGAAAGUUGGAAAUUAGUGUAGAUAAUUUAAACAAAUGAAAAAAACAAUAAUAAUGAAGAGAAUGACUUAGAAAUGCAUUUGUUUUAAGGAUUAGAAAUAUAACAUAACCUAGAAAUUGUUCCGAAAAAAAAAAAAAGAAGUUGGUAUACGCAAUCUUAUCAGAUAAAGUGUGUUUUACAUUACGCAAAAGAAGUUCAAUAAUAAAAAGAAAGGAGAAAAUAUUCAUACGGUCCUGUUAAAUAAGAUUGUAGUUUUCGCUUCAAGUUUCCCACAUAUAGUCGCCGGCGCAGUGUGCCUCUUUUCGGUUUCUCGUCUUCAGUUGCAAAAUGGCCGAUCACAGGGAAAGAGAUUCAUAUUAUUCGUCUGAUCCAAGAUCAAAAAAUGAUGAUCCACCUAAUUCACGUUUAUUUGUUAUUUGCCAUAAAAGUCUCGAGGAAGAUGAUCUUCGAAAGGCAUUUGAGAAAUUUGGCAAAAUUGAAGAUAUUUGGGUGGUUAAGGAUCGGAAUACAGGAGAAAAUAAAGGCGUGACUUAUAUUAAAUUUUCGAAAACAUCGGAAGCUGCCUGUGCCCUUGAGGAGAUGAACGGUAAAAUGUUGGGUUCCGUGGGACGUCCAAUAAAAGUCAUGAUUGCCUCCAAUCGAGAUCAAGGAUCGGUACGUGAGACAAACGAAGAGGAACGAUGGGUACGAUUAUUUUGUGUUUUACCGAAAUCAAUGACCGACACUGAAUUACAGCAAGAAUUUUCAAAAUUUGGAGCAAUUGAAUAUGCAACAGUGGUAAAGGAUAGAAAUACAAAUGAAUCAAAAGGUUUUGGUUACGUGAAAUUUAGAAAGGUAUCGAGUGCCGCUAAAGCAUUUGAGGAAUGUGAUCGAAAAUAUAAAGCUGUUUUUGCUGAGCCAAAAAAACCAAAACCCGAUCAUAACGAUUCAAAAUAUAGUAAUGGUCUCUCAGUAUCAUAUGAUAAUAUGGGUGGAGGUGGUGGUGGUGGUGGUUAUGGUUCAUCAAAUUUUGGUAAAAGUAGCAUUAGCCUUGAAAUUGCUGCCAAUUAUCCAAAUAAUGAAGGUUACACAAGAUUACAAGUAAUUGCACAUCCGGCAUUAAAUCAAGAUCAAUUGUGGAAAUUAUUUGACAUUGUACCGGGUUUAGAUUAUUGUAGCUUGAAAACAGACAUGAGGUAUAGAAUGCCAAGGGGUCAAGUAACUGUUGCCUAUUUAAAUCCCAACGCGGCGGCAUAUGCGCGAGAAAAGUUUCAUGGUUUCGAAUAUCCACCGGGACAUAGAAUGAUUGUUAAACCCGAUAUGAGUAGUGCUCCAUCGUCAAAAAAUCAAUUAAAACCCGGUGGCUCAAAUCUUGGUGGUCUCGCAAAUGCAAGAACAGAUUUAGUUCAUUUGGCAGAAACAAUUGCACAAGCUACCUCAUUAAUUCAAGCAGCUGGAUUAACUGCUCCUUCUUUCGAUUCAUCGCUAUUGAAAUUGCCUCCUCCGCAAGCAAUGGCAAGUAUCGAUGCUGAUGUGGCAAAAAGAUGUUUCAUCGUUUGUGGUCCACCAAUUCCUCCGAUUCAUGCAAUGAAAGAUGCAUUCUGUAGAUUUGGAAAUCUAAUCGAUGUUUAUAUGUUGCCGGGAAAAAAUUGUGGCUAUGCAAAAUAUGCAAGCGUUGAAAGUGCUAAUAAAGCAAUAGAGAAUCUUCAUGGACAGGAAAUAUGUGGCUCUAGAUGGAAAGUAUUGGAGGCCGAGGAGAGAAAUGUGGGCGAGGAUCGAAGGAAGCGAUUGAGAAUGGAUGAGGAUGAACACUAAAUGUCUUGCUAUUUUUUUUCAUGUAACACUGACUGGUAUACACAAGCUGGACGCACGCAACAAAAAAUAAUUGAGACGAAUUAUAAAGACACUUGACUUCGUUGGGCCUGGAACCAAGGAAAACUACUCCAACUACCUAAUUUAACAGUCAUUCAUAGUUUGUUACAUCUCCAUCACUGAAAACCUUUACGUUACAUUACUUUAAACCUUGUCUUUUUACACUCUUCACUGGACCCCCCCACUUUUUUUUUCUUUUUUUUUUUUAAAUGGUAUAAUUCUCAAAAGUGUGUGCGAUAUAAUUCUACAUUUAUAAAAUGUAAAUUAUUAAAUUAAAUAUUUACAAAAUCAUAAUUUUAAUGGUAAAUUAUCAUUUUGAAAAUAAAGGAAAUUGUUUUCUUAUUUUUAAUUUUUGUUUUAAAACAAAAAAUUUUUUAGCACAAACUUUUAAGAAAUAAAAUAUACCUUUAGAAUUAGUUUUUUUCUUAAUAUUAUGAAAGCAAGGAUUUAUUUUAAAAAAAUCCACAGUGACUCACUGUUCAAAUUUCAAAUUCAAAUUGAUGACAUUAUAAAAUUUCAUCCCACGCAGAUACGUUAUUAUGUGAUUGGCAAUUUUAUUAAUACUUCUUUUUUUUGAAUAUUUCAAACUUGAUGUGAAUUUUGAUCUUUAAAAAAAAGAAUCACAUACUAUUGUAUCGAAAUAUGAUCAAAAUUAUUUUAUUGAAUCGACAAUUUUUGGGCAAAAUUUUUUUUGUUUAUUUUUCAAUAAUAUUGCGAAGGAUUUGAAUUAACAAAAUGAAUUGAUUUACACAUUUAUACCUCCUCUUGAUUGCAUCAUAUUUUCCACAGGAAAUUUUAUUUAUUUUUUUUUUUUUUUUUGGAAAUAUAUCAUGCUCUUGAGAUCCGCACACUUUUUUUAAUGUUUAAUUUGUAAAUAGAUUCGUUUCUUUGUACUUGUCAAGUAUAUUUCGCGAAGAAACAAAUAAGAUAAUUAAAUGCAAGCGACAUAUUAAAAAAAAAAUAUAUAUAUAUAUAUUUCCAAAAAUAUCUGUAUAAAUAUAUAUUAUAAUUUUGCUUUUAUUUCGGAUAAAACGCGAUCAAUAUACAUUAUUGAUAUGAUAUUCAUUCACAUAUAUAGGUACAUCAAUGAACGUUAUUUUACACUUGAAAAAAAAAAAUGUACAAUUUUUGUUUUCGACACAAUCUGAAGUAUGAUAUAGUUUGUAUUGUGUUAAUUUACGAAAAAAAAUUUCGAAAUAUAUUUGCGAUGUCAACAAUCUGUGAUGGACCCAUUUUUGCUAUAUAUUAAUAAAAAAAAUAAAAAAAAAAAAAAAA